AAUAAAAGAGACUAUUAUAUAAAGAUCUGUUGAUGACUAUUAAACAAAGAUUCAUUCUCGCUUUGUUAAUAUUUAGUCUGGAUGGCAAACACAAAGGACACAAUCUGACUGAAUUUCUUCCACCAUAUCUAUCUAUCUAUCAUCUUUGCCUGCACAAAAGAGAAGACACAAUGAAGCAUAGCGGUGGGAACCAAGCAUGCUUCGUUCUUGGUCAAAAGACCCCAAGCAUCCGAGAUCUCUACUCCUUGGGACACAAACUAGGCCAAGGACAGUUUGGGACCACCUACAUGUGCAGAGAGAUCUCAACAGGGCGUGAAUACGCGUGCAAGUCUAUAACAAAACGAAAGUUGAUUUCAAAGGAAGAUGUGGAGGACGUGCGGAGGGAAAUUCAAAUCAUGCACCACCUGGCUGGUUACAAGAACAUUGUCACCAUUAAAGGCGCUUAUGAGGAUCCACUGUAUGUUCACAUCGUGAUGGAGCUCUGCUCAGGUGGGGAACUUUUUGAUAGAAUCAUCCAGAGAGGGCACUACAGCGAGAGAAAAGCAGCUGAGCUGAUUAAGAUCAUUGUUGGUGUUGUUGAGGCUUGCCAUUCGCUUGGUGUCAUGCAUAGAGAUCUAAAGCCCGAAAAUUUCUUAUUGGUGAAUAAGGACGACGACUUCUCUCUCAAAGCCAUUGAUUUUGGGCUUUCCGUGUUCUUCAAACCAGGUCAAAUAUUCGAGGAUGUGGUUGGAAGUCCUUAUUACGUUGCUCCUGAGGUUCUGCUCAAGCACUAUGGACCAGAGGCUGAUGUGUGGACCGCAGGGGUCAUACUGUACAUAUUGGUGAGCGGAGUCCCUCCCUUCUGGGCAGAAACACAGCAAGGGAUAUUUGAUGCAGUGCUGAAGGGACACAUUGACUUCGACUCUGACCCUUGGCCCCUGAUAUCUGACUCCGCAAAAGACUUGAUCCGCGGCAUGCUCUGUUCCAGGCCCUCUGAGCGCCUCACAGCUCAUCAAGUAUUGAGGCAUCCUUGGAUUUGUGAAAAUGGAGUUGCGCCAGACAGAGCACUAGAUCCUGCCGUGCUUUCUCGUCUUAAGCAGUUCUCUGCCAUGAAUAACAAAGCAGAACUAAAGCAGAUGGCUUUAAGAGUAAUAGCUGAGAGUCUCUCUGAAGAAGAAAUAGCCGGACUAAAGGAAAUGUUCAAAGCAAUGGACACGGAUAACAGUGGAGCGAUUACAUUUGACGAGCUAAAAGCUGGGUUGCGAAGAUAUGGUUCUACCCUCAAGGACACUGAGAUCCGUGACCUAAUGGAGGCUGCAGAUAUUGACAAGAGUGGGACCAUAGACUACGGUGAAUUCAUUGCUGCAACAAUCCAUCUGAACAAAUUAGAUCGUGAGGAACAUCUCCUCUCAGCCUUCAGCUACUUUGACAAAGAUGGGAGCGGCUACAUCACAAUUGACGAGCUACAGCAAGCGUGUGCUGAACAGGGGAUGAGCGAUGUCUUUCUAGAAGAUGUGAUUAAGGAAGUCGACCAAGACAAUGAUGGAAGGAUCGAUUACGGAGAGUUUGUAGCGAUGAUGCAGAAGGGCAUUGCAGGAAGAACAAUGAGGCAAAGCAUAAACAUGAGCCUCAGGAAAAAUGCUUAGUGGCUAACAUGCAAUCUCACGGUUAUGUACAGAGCUGAGCCACGAGAUGCAAACGCUACAAAGCUCCUCCGUAGGAAAUAUGGUUUGCGUAGUCGUCUGGAUCCUUCCUAGUAAUUGUAGAACCAACAAAGGCUAAAGUGUACUGCUGAUUAUGUGUAUUAACAGAUAAACUGAACCAACAUCAUGACAUAUGAGAUCAUUGUAAUUGGACUUUAUAUGCACACAUCCUAUAAAAGAAGAUUACUGUACU